AUGAAGUUCGGCCAGCAGCUUCGUCAGUCGCUGAUCAAGGACUAUUAUUGGCAUUACAUUGCCUACGACGACUUGAAAGAUGCCCUCAAGAAACCCUUUGUGAAUGGCAAAAACGGCGAACGCGAGCCUUGGACCGACGACGAUGAAGCCGCUUUCAUCCGGCAGCUCGAGGCCGAGCUUGACAAGGUCUAUACCUUCCAGAAGCUUAAGAGCCAGGAGAUAAUAUCGAGAAUCAAAGCGGCAGAGGCCGAGGUCAAGCAGGUGAUUGAGCGACACGAAAACCAGAAUUCGCCGGAUGCCGAAAGCGAUGAGGAUCUCGAACAGGACUUCGAAUUGCUGGAGGCCGACCUGAGCGAUAUCAUCGCAGAUGUGCAUGACCUGGCGAAAUUCACCCAAUUGAACUAUACUGGCUUCCAGAAGAUCAUCAAGAAGCACGACAAGCAAACCGGAUUGAUCCUUCGACCGUCUUUUGCAACUCGACUCAGGGCAAAGCCUUUCUUCCAGGACAACUACGAUGCCUUUAUUGUCACUCUGUCCAAGCUCUAUGACCUCGUCCGCACAAGGGGACAUCCUGUCCAGGGUGAUUCCUCUGCAGGUGGAUCGCAGCAGAACUUUGUCCGCCAGACUACCAAGUACUGGGUCCAUCCCGACAACAUCACUGAAUUGAAGCUCAUCAUUCUGAAGCAUCUGCCUGUUCUGGUCUUCAACCCCAACAAGGAGUUUGAAGAAAAGGAUUCGGCAAUUUCAUCCAUCUACUAUGACAAUCCAGACACAUGGGAAUUGUACGAGGGUCGUCUGAAGAAGACAGAGGGCGCUGAAGCCAUCCGUCUGCGGUGGUAUGGUGGCAUGGAAAACGAGACAAUUUUCGUCGAGAGGAAGACUCAUCGCGAAGACUGGACGGGUGAAAAGUCGGUCAAGGCUCGGUUCACUCUGAAGGAGAAGAAUGUCAACGCGUUCUUGGCCGGACAGAUGACUGUGGAGGAAGCCUUUGCCAAGAUGAGAAAAGAGGGCAAGAAAAGCACCAAGGAAAUCGAGGACCUGGAACAGCUCGCCCGCGAGAUUCAAUAUCGAGUCAUUACCAGAAGGCUGAAACCAGUCUGCAGAUCUUUCUAUCAUCGUACGGCUUUCCAGCUCCCAGGCGAUGCCCGUGUCCGUAUCUCACUGGACACGGAGCUGACCAUGGUCCGCGAAGACAACCUGGACGGCCGACAGAGGGCUGGCAAUAAUUGGCGGCGCAUGGACAUUGGCAUUGACUGGCCGUUCUCACAACUACCUCCUGAAGAUGUUGAGCGGUUCCCGUACGCUGUUCUGGAAGUGAAAUUGCAGACUCAAGCCGGUCAAGAGCCACCCCAAUGGGUCCGUGAUUUGACCGCGAGUCAUCUCGUGGAAGCGGUGCCCAAAUUUUCAAAGUUCAUCCAUGGUGUAGCCACGUUGUUCCCUACGCGCAUCAAUCUACUGCCGUACUGGUUCCCUCAAAUGGGCGUUGACAUCCGCAAACCGAUUACUCACCGAUUCGGCAUCGAGCGGCCGGCGAAUACAGCAAGCUACUCCACUAGUGACGUUGACGAAGACGAGGACGACUCAGAUGACGAACAAGGCGACGGUCAAACUACUGGAAGGACGACUCCGUUUGUGGACCGCUCGACCGAUGGUGACGACGAACAGACGAGAAGGCUGAAGGCCGCCCGUCAUGCUCUGGCUGAGCAUAGCCGUGCUCAAGAGAGCGACAGCCGACAGAAUGGGGAUGCGCAUGGUGCUCCUGGAAACUCACUGGACGAGGAAGAACGGGUUUCCGCCCAACCUCUAGCUGACGAAGAAUACUUCUAUGACUCGGAGGCCGAUGAAGAAGAAAAUGAGCUAGAGGAGGCGCGUCAUUCGGGUUCGUGGAAGUAUUAUCCUUUGCUGUUGAAACAUAAGGUCCAGCAAGCAGGAGAUGCACUCGUCCAGGCGGUCAAGAAGGUCCCUACUUCGACUCCGCUUCCGCAGAAUAGCGGUGUUGGCGGCGUCAACCCUUUGAGCGGCCAAGUUCAGGUCAAGCGAUUCAAGGCUCCUCCUGGCAAACGGAUUCAUGUUCCUGUCCGGGUCGAACCAAAGGUGUACUUUGCCGCCGAACGGACAUUUCUGUCCUGGCUGGAGUUCAGCAUCAUUCUGGGCUCGAUUGCCGCAACAUUGCUUAACUUUGGCGACCGCAUCAGCCUGGCCUCGGCAUGGGGCUUCACCAUUGUGGCAUGUGCGGCGUUGUUUUAUAGUGCAGCCAUCUACUACUUGCGUGUGCAGAUGAUCCGGAAACGCAGAGCGAGUGUGUCGAGGUACUAUGACAAGUACGGGACAACGGCCUUGUGCAUGGGACUCCUCGCCGCCACAGCAGUCAGUUUUGCUUUUAGGAUCAGACAGGAUGGCUGGUUUCAGUGA